AUUCCCCUUUUAUAUAUCUCAAUCUUGUUCCUCUUCAAAUCCCACAACGAAAAUUUCAUUUCUCUUCUUCUUCUUCUUCUUCCUCACUUUUUAUUUUUCUUUGAAGUUAAAGUUAAAGAGCUAGAGAUAAAAAAAAUAAGAAAGAAAGAAGAAUAUUAAUACUACUUAAGAUCACAGACAAAUAUAUAGAGUGGUCAUGGGAGAUUCUUCAGCUUCAUACAUACACAUGGUGCAACACCUAAUAGAGAAGUGCCUGAUUUUUCGUAUGAGUAAAGAGGAAUGCAUGGAAGCCCUGUCCAAACAUGCAAAUAUCAAGCCUGUCAUCACAUCCACAGUGUGGAAUGAAUUAGAGAAAGAGAACAAAGAAUUCUUCGAGGCAUACACAGAAUCCCAAAGCAAAGAAGACAAAAUGUCUGAGGAAGAGACAAGCCAAAUGAUACAGAAAAUGAUUUCUGAUUCAUCCAAAGAUUCCGACGACUAAUAACACAUAUAUCAUAUAUAUAUGCCACUCGAAAACGAUCUCACCCUCUCUCUCUCUCUCUCUCUCUCUCUCUCUUGGUGCUCUGGUUGGUGAAUAUAUAUAUAUAUAUAUUAAAUUUCUCUACAUGUAAUUAUUAUCAUGACUCCAAGCCCAGCCAAAACCACAUCUACAGGGAGAGAUCAGUCAUCACAUGAAAAUUCAUACAAACAAGUUUCAUAUCAUCAUUAAUUAUUACGCGGUCCCCCUUAUUAUUAUGUAUGUUGCUUUUUUAUUACUCCUCUCUUUCGUAUGUACAUAUAUGAAUGUUUAAGUUUGACAGUGAAUUAAUUUUUUAUUUAUUAAAAAAUUAAUUAUCUAUACAGUUUUUUAUUUUUUUUUUAAAAUGUUCAAAUUAAUUGAUGUGUCACAUAAUAUACUAGAUAGGUAUUUCUUGGUUUAACAGAAUAUACUUAAAAGUAAAAGAAUAUUCUGUUAAAUUUAACGAUUAGUUUGAUCUCA